AUGACACAAAUUGCAAAUGGAGAUCAAAGUGUGGAAAUCUUGAAAGAGUGGUUCAAUAGUCGAAUGACAGAACGCGAAACGUACGAGAGAGAAAAGCAGAUUAAUUAAAUUGAAAGUUAAAUUGCAGGCGACCAAAGCUAAAUUCAAGGCAAAACACACACGAGGGAAAUCACAACAGUUCUCCCAAAUUUCAUAGCGAAGAGACAAAUAUUCAAGCGAAAUUACCUAAAUUAGUCAUCACCAAAUUUAAUGGGACAUUUACUGACUAUAGAAUAGAUUUUGGGGACAAUUUACAGAGUCAAUCAACAAAUCCAGUUUGCCAGCAAUUACCAAAUUUUCAUACUUGAGAGAACUGUUUGAUGACAAGGUCAGGAAAGCUGUACAAGCCCUGCCAUAUUCAGCAGAGGGUUAUAACAGAGCAGUAGCAAUCCUUAAAGAGCGGUACGGAAAAGAACGCGAGAUUGUUAAGGCUUACGUGAAGGAAAUAUUAGAGCUUCCACCAGUUCUGACAGCCAAUGCGAGGAAGAUUCGUGAGUUCUAUGAGAAACUAACAUACGGUGUACAAUCACUCCAGACUAUGAAUAAACUUUCUCAAGUAGACGGUGCAGUAGCGAUGACUCUAGGCAAAUUGCCAGCUAUCAGAGGUGAUCUUGUUCAUAAUGACUCUGACAGGGCCGGAGAAAUGGGACUUCAUACAGCUUACAGAGGCUUUUCGACUUUGGACGAAAAGGAACUCGAUCACUGA